CUUCAUACAUAUGGCACAGUUAUAAAGGUGCUUCAAGCCUCUCAGCUCCCAGUAAAAGCUGAACACAAAGCCUCAGCAGCACUGACAGUAAAGUACCUCCGCUGCUUUCCUGAUCCUUGUUGAAAUGGCUGCUGAGAACUUUACCUCGGGUCCCACUGAAGCCCCUCCGAAUGGCAGCAGCUGUGAUGUCUUUGUCUACCAGAGGGCUGCAGUGGUCCUCUUCCCUAUUUUCUACUCUGUCGUUUUUAUCAUCAGCGUGUGUGGGAACUGCCUGGUGCUCUGUGUCAUCUGCCAGAGGAAGCAGAAGUUCAACUCCACGUCAAUCUACUUGGUGAAUCUUGCGCUGUCUGAUGCUCUUUUCACGCUGGCGUUGCCAGGUAGAAUCACCUACUACAUCCGGCACUUUGACUGGCCCUUCGGUGACCUCCUCUGCAGACUCACCACACUUCUGUUCUUUGCAAAUACAUACGCAGGCAUUGGCUUCAUGACCUGCAUCAGCCUGGACCGAUACCUAGCUAUGGUGCAUCCUCACCGCCUGCAGUGCUUACGCAGCACAAAAGUUGUCCGCAGGGUCUGCUGCCUGGUCUGGUUUCUAGUAUCUCUGGAGGUCUCCCCGCUGUUAUUCCGCAGCAUGCUGCACGUGAGGGGCGAUAAGCGGACCUGCAUGGAGUACUUUAACUUCGAGGGCUCUCGCUACACCCCUUACCUCUUAAUCCUGGCAUGCUUUAUCUCCUUUUGCUGCCCACUCACGGUCAUAAUGGCGUGCUACGCUAGGAUCAAUCUGAAACUGCGGGAUGCGGCCAAGAAGAACUCUGUGACGGGCCGAACGAGCCGAAACCACAGGGCCAACACGAUCAUCCUCCUCAUCCUCCUCACGUUUGUCCUCUGCUUCAGCCCGUACCACCUCAACAUAAUGCAGUUCAUGUUCAGAAAGAUCAGCCAUCAGCCGACUUGUGAGGAACUCACAGCUUUUAAGAUGUCCUUGCAGAUUACGGUCUCGUUAAUGAACAUCAACUGCUGCCUGGAUCCUGUCAUCUACUUCUUUGCCAUAAAGACGUACAAGAAGCGAGUGAUGAGCCUGUUUAAGGACUAUCUGUAUACUUCCGCCGCCUCCUCCAAAGUGACAGCCGAGAAUAGCAGCAGCAACACCUGAGCCAAACCACAGAGAAAACCCUAGCUUAAGGGGUUAUAAAAAGACCUGUUUUCUCUCACCUGAUCAGGUCAUUUGUUCCUGCAAAUGACUCUUGAGUCUUUGGUGGCGGAUUUUAUGUUCAGGUUCAGCAUUAAUGGUUUCAGUUUAGCUGCAUUACAUAUUGCCUUUCCAAUAAUUCUAUGGAUUUUUGGUAUUUUUGUGGUCGAACAUGCGAUAAGUAUAUUGUCUAAACUCCCUUUGUGUAUAUAUAUUUGUAUAUUUGUUUCCUUUGUACAAAAGUUUAUUGCUACAAAUGAUAAACCACUAGUAGUAGUAAAAGUGGAAAGAUGUAGUACAACUAUUUGUUUUCUAUGUUUGAAGUUCGACGAAGUGCAGAAUGAAUUAACAGUCAUUUCAUGCAAUGAUUAUUAUAAUGAUAUGUUGGGGUUUUUUUAAUUAUAGCAAUAUUAUGAUUGCUUGGUGUCUUUACAAGAAAUAAUGCGGUACAGUAAGCUCUACUAAAAUCAAGGACAAUGUGCAUUGCAGCAGUUUACGCAUGAUGGCAAAAAUCUAACAAUAUGCAUGAAAUUUGCCAAAAUGAGAACAUGUUGCAUUUCUCUUUGCCACCCACACUCAUCUUCUGCGUAGGAGUACGUAGAUGAAAAUCACCACUUCCUCACCCACCUUUCCUGCUCCCCCACUCAGGGGCCUCAUUCCUGCUGCUUUCCACAUCUUGCGGUGAGGCUUUGGUGUGCGUGUGGGUCUAGCAAACAUGCGCAGGUGUACUCUUUGUUUCGAGCAAGUCCCAUGUUUAAACUUAACCUUUAGCACUUCCUGAGUUUUUGAAGAAGAAGCCCGAUAGGUUUGCAUAAAACUGUGUCAAGAAAUUGUGUAAUAUGCAAAAGAUUGAAGCAGUUAUUGUGCAAUUAUGUCACAAGGGAAGACG